AUGGAAAUGGAUAGACUCAUGAGUUCUACGAUGGAAUGGUGCUGGGCAAAGCUUUUGAGGCUGAAACAAACAAAACAGUUUUGCCUUUCACAGUCGAAUGAGAGCAGUAGCUCGAAUGCUCUCUAUUAGACCCGUCAAACGGAGCUUUCCUAGCUGUACCCAGUCUUUCGACGUCGGGCUCGGAUUUCAUGAUCGGCUCCCACUAUGUUCCAGCCCCUUCAAGUCGUGAUCCGAAAACUUCAACGACACAACACCUCAACUCCGGAAAAGACCACACCAUGUCCGAUGAUGAAGCAGACCCAGAACUGCUCGCCCUACUAAGGCAGCACUUCCAAGGCAAACUCAAUCUCGAUGAGGAGCCCGAAACGGGCGUUCUAGAAGGCGCCGAGUUUGUCUACGACAACAGUAUCGAUGUAGCUCUUGACAUGCGCGCAACUAAGAUCGCCGCGGAAAUGAUUUAUGCCCAAAUGAAAGAAAAGGAGUACUCGACGACGAAUUGGGCAGAGCAUGAAUUGCACCCCAAGACUAAAGACGAGUCAACCGUGGCGUUCAUCUUCACUAUGGACCUGUUGAAUUUCUCCUUCUGGUCGCUACUGCCUGACGACGAACGUUUUGCCGUCAGCUACCGAGACAAGAGGUGGACUGGCUACUGGAGCUUGGUCGCUUCGCUGCAGCGGGCACUGGACGAAGAUAUCCCCAUUACGGACCCGCACUACUGGCAGAACGAGGACGAGUGCACCCUCGUUUCGCUCCGCCACGUCUUCAGAUCAUGCACCGAGGAGGAAAUACCACUUCUUGAAGCACGACUAGAAUGUCUAAGGGAAGCAGGUCGAGUCCUUUACGAAAAAUACAACUGCAGCUUCACAAACUGCAUAUCUGCUGCCAAGGGCUCCGCGGCCGGCCUGGUGAACCUGCUAGCUUGCGACUUUCGCUGCUUCCGGGACGAACACCCCUUUGACGGACGGCGGAAGCCGGUUCGUCUGCUUAAACGGGCGCAGAUUCUCGUAGCUGAUUUAUGGGCUUGUUUCAAUGGCGAGCGCUAUGGCGAGUUCAGGGAUAUUGACAAGAUCACUAUGUUUGCGGACUACCGCGUGCCGCAGAUUCUGUCCAGCUUGGGGUGUAUAGGGUACAGCCCACCGCUACAUGCGUUAGUGAGUAAAGGGGAGGUUAUCGACAGUGGUAGUCGGCUCGAGAUGCAGCUAAGAGCCUGCAGUAUUUGGUGUGUUGAGCUUCUGAGAAGACAGAUCAAGCAGGACCAUCCCGAGGCUACAGUAAAUGCCAUCUUGAUAGACUUCUUCCUGUAUGAUAUGAUGAAGCGGUGGGAAGCAGAAGGCAGAGAAACGAUGCCUCACCACCGGACUCGAAGCAUCUGGUACUAGACUAGGGCCACAAGCACGCCAAAAUCUAUCACGUUCGAACUGUCAG